UGCACUUAGGAAACUGAGAAUUUAUUAAGCUUUUUUUUUUGCUUUUCAGACACUUUGAAUCAAAGCAACUUUGUGUUUAUUUUAUUUCAUCUAUAGGAUUGCAUCUUUAUCUGGGUAACUUGCGAUUCAAAAAAUAUCUCAGGAACACACAAUUUGCAUCAUUUGCAUCCCUAUCAUUUCCCCAGCAAUAAUUUUCAUAAAAAGUUCCUUUAAGCUCUUUGUGUGCGUUUCAAGUGUGCCAGAAAAUUUUUUAAGUGAUUUCAAAGUUGGCAACGGCAGUAAAAACAAAUAUAAUAAUAAGAAAAAUAAUUUACAGUUUAACAUUGCUUGAGCGCUGAGAGCCAAAAAGCGAUAUCGCUGACAACGUGAACGUAACAGUCAUGCAAUCAUUAAUGGCAACACCAUCAGUUCUCGUCCCCGAUAUCUUCUCCGUUCAGACUCCCCGGGAACCAAUCAGGUCACUCCGUGGCGGCGCGAGAUGCCUCGACAGGGACAACUGACGUCACGAGCGCACGGAUGGGAGCGCGUUCCGUGCACUCGCGGCGCUCCAUCCCGCCGGAGCGAUGGCGCCCGGGACCCCAUGAAUAAGCAGAAAAAGAGAAAGGAAGGAAGGAAGGAAGGAAGAAAGGGGAGGGAACGCGUGCGAGCAUGAUAGCCGAAGGAGAGGAGGCAGCCGCCCGGGUCUAGCGCUGUCCUCCUUCUUUUAACAAGCUUUCGAGGAACAAGACCGUCCCCUUCGCUUCGCUUCGCUUCGCUUCGUUCGAAGAAGCCGCCUGAGGCGAGGCGAGGGUCUCUCGUCUUGCGGGGAGGAGAAUUAUGGGAAUUGUUUCAUUGCAUCCGGACAUCCUUCUUCUGAGCUGAGCGCGCAUUACGAGCGAGGUCAGGUGUCCGCACCCCCGGCUGAGCUCUCUCUCUCUGUCCCUCUGCUCUGUCCGGCGAUGGCCGCCGGGGGAGGAUGCCCGGAGACCGUGGAGCAGUACCGCGUCGAGGUGGAGCGCCUGGCGCGCGAGCUGGCCGAGGCGAACCGGGAGAAGAUGCGCGCGGCGGAGUGCGGGCUCGCCGUGCUCGAGGAGAACCACGCGCUGAAGCAGCAGUACGCGGAGCUCGAGGCGGAGCAGGACGCGCUGAAGCGGGAGCUCGAGCAGCUGCAGGAGGAAGUGGGUCAUCAGACCCAAGUGCAGCGCAGAGACGCACAGAUUGACGGGAAGAUCCGAGAGUCGUUGAUCAGGAAACUAGUGAAGGUCACAGAGGAGCAGACGUCGUUACGAGGAGAAUCCAAAAACCAUGAAUCGAAGAGCAGGCGAUGGGUCGAGGGAGUCGAAGGGGACGAGGAGAUUCAGGAGAAGGAGGGUCAAGGAAACAGGCACAAGGACAAGGAGGUCAGGGAAGAGGCAUUCGGACAGGUGUACUCCAUCCAGCGCAAAGUGGCUGAGGAUGGCGAGACCAAUGAGGAAACACUUCUGCAGGAGUCAGCGUCCAAAGAGGCUUACUACAUGGGCCGCCUCUUAGAUCUGCAGGAGGAGCUGAAGCAGAGCCGGACGGUGGCCUCCAACGCACAGGCGGAGAGCGAACGGCUCAACAGUGUGCUGCAAGAGAUGACGGAGAGAAAUGAGGCACUGGAGCUGCAGAGGAGCAGGAUGAAGGAGGAGAUCCAGGAGUACAAGUUCCGGGAGGCACGUCUCCUGCAAGACUAUACUGAGCUGGAGGAAGAGAACAUCACAUUGCAGAAGCUGGUGUCCACACUGAAGCAGAAUCAGGUGGAGUUUGAGGGUUUGAAGCAUGAGAUGAAGGUGCUGGAGGAGGAGACGGUGCUGCUGAACAGCCAGCUGGAGGAGGCGCUGCGGCUGAAGGAGAUCUCUGAGGCACAGCUGGAAGAGGCGCUGAAUACGCUCAAAAUCGAGUGUGAGCAGAAGAACGGAUUGCGCAAGGAGCUGGCCCACUUUGUCAGCCUGAGCGAUAGCGUGUAUGGAGCCCACACCCAUCUAGCCCUUGCAGAUGGCCUUCGUCUUGCUGAGGAGACUGCCGGGGCGCCAGGCGGUGCCGAGGACAGCAACAAACGUAGUGGCCACGCCCAUGGAGACUACAGGCCCACGGGUCGGAAGGGGGAGGCACUCAACCCAGUAUCAGAUCUCCUCAGCGAGCUGAACCUCUCAGAGAUGCAGAAGCUCAAGCAGCAGCUCCUGCAGGUUGAGCGGGAGAAGGCCCUGCUGCUAACGAACCUUCAGGAGUCGCAGACGCAGCUGGAGCACACGCAGGGGGCGCUGACGGAGCAGCAUGAGCGCGUGCACCGCCUCACCGAGCGCGUCAACACCAUGCGUCGCCUGCACUGCAACAAGGAGGCGCUCAUGGAGCUGGAGGAGGAGCAGCCCGAGAAGGACGACGACGCUUCCGCUCUGAGCAGCACCCGCGACGGGGAAGCCCGUGGCCUCGAGGUGCUGGAGUGCAAGUACAAGGUGGCGGUGACAGAGGUGAUCGAUUUGAAAGCGGAGCUCAAGGCACUGAAGGAAAAGUACAAUCAGUGCGUGGAGGGCCAGACGGAGGAGCGGACGCGGAACGAGGGCCGGUUUCAGGGCCUGGGGGAGCAGGUGGACCAGCUGGAGCGAAGGUGCCGAGAGGGCCGCGACCGCAUCCUCACCCUCGAGGCGGAGCUGCAGAGUGCCUCGAGCGUGGCCAGCGAGAGCCAGACCCUACUUAAUACCGCUCAGGACGAGCUGGUGACCUUCAGCGAAGAGCUGGCGCAGCUCUAUCACCACGUCUGCCUGUGCAACAACGAGACGCCCAACCGCGUGAUGCUGGACUACUACCGGCAAGGCCGUGCUGCCCGCAGCGGGAGCCUCAAGGGUCCCGAGGACCCACGCGGACUGCUGUCUCCCCGCCUCGCCCGCCGAUUGGCUGCUGUUCACGCCGAACUCCGAAGCCCUGGUGACUCACCCUCCAAGGAACAGCAGCCGAGCCCCGUCCGCACCCCCAUGGGCUCACCUGUCAUCAGUGUCUCCCCUGCCCCCUCCCCCUCCCACUCCCCUGUCCCAGAGCCUGGCAGUGACCUGCGCAAGGAGCCCAUGAACAUCUACAAUCUGAACGCCAUCAUACGUGAUCAGAUCAAGCACCUGCAACGGGCCGUGGACCGCUCCCUGCAACUGUCCCGUCAGCGAGCCGCUGCCCGCGAACUCGCACCUGUAUUCGACAAAGACAAGGAGGCCUGCAUGGAGGAGAUUCUCAAGCUGAAGUCACUGCUGAGCACAAAGAGGGAGCAGAUCGCCACGCUAAGGCUGGUCCUCAAGGCCAACAAGCAGACAGCAGAGGUGGCCCUGGCCAACCUGAAGAGUAAAUAUGAGAAUGAGAAGGCCAUGGUAACGGAGACCAUGACGAAGCUGCGCAAUGAGCUGAAAGCCCUGAAGGAGGACGCCGCCACCUUCUCCUCACUGCGGGCCAUGUUUGCCACCAGAUGUGAUGAGUACGUGACGCAGCUAGAUGAGAUGCAGAGGCAGCUGGCAGCAGCGGAGGACGAGAAGAAGACACUCAACUCGCUGUUGCGCAUGGCCAUUCAGCAAAAGCUGGCGCUCACGCAACGGCUUGAGGACCUCGAGUUCGACCACGAACAGACAAGCCGCGGACGAGCCAGCAAGGUGGCCAAGAUCAAGUCCAGCCCUCCCAAAUUUCUCCUAGAUUGUCAGCAGCCUGCUGCCUCAGUGUCGCCACUCCCCACGCAGCUGAGGCGAGGGAGGGCUCCGCACGCCCGCAGCCGUAGGGUUGUGUUAGCACUCCAGGAGGACCGGGCCUACCUCUCCAGCAGCAGUAGCAGCCGCAGCAGCUCGCCCUGCGUCCCCCUCAGCUGCCUGGCUCACCUACCUCCAAGUUCCGGCCCGUAGCCCUGGUGAGGGCACUCUACCCCAUCCAGCGUGGACCCCCAUAACAGUGCAGAGACGCUACCCCACCUGGGUCUCCACUCCUCUAGAAUCAGUCUCCCUGGAGGCCUAUUCACCUUUCUGUAUAUCAGCAAGGCCCUGCCCUCAGGCUCUGCCUCCUGUGACCAGGAGGAGGGGCCACACUGAUGAGGUCGAGGUUCAGAUGUUAGGGACAAUAUGGCACUCGAGAGACACAUUUUGCAGGGAGUGACUGUUUCUUUCUUUAUUUAUGCAACUUAUUUAUUGUAUGUUCAUAUUGUUUCUUUUAUUCUUGAAUUCCUGAAGUGUUUCCCUCCUUGGUGAAUGAUGAAAUGAAACCAAAAAUGUUUUUGUUUUCUUGACUUGCCACUCUUGAGCUGUUGCCAAAAAAACACUAAUCAGAUCAUUAGGAAACAACCAAGUGUGAAGGUACAAAACUUAAGAAAUGCCAUCCUUGCCACAGAUUUAUAGGAAGGUGCAAACACAAUUGAAUGAUAUCCUGAUAAGUCACAGUAUAAUGAGCAAGUCAAUAUAUCCUUUAUAUUGUUUUUUCAUAAGCCUAAUUAAAAACCUUUUAAUAAACAUUUCAUUGGCUCCUUUAAAGGCUGAAUGUUACCUUCAAGUCUUCCUUCGGUGGUUUAGCUUUUCAGCUGUGUGUAAGGACAUGUAUAGCUACAAGCCUGCUGGGUAACUGCAAUAAAUUAAAACAUGCAGCUGAAUUUGAUGGAAACAGAAAAACUGUAUAAUAGUAUAUUUAUAAUGAAUGCAUAAAAAUACUUGGCCAUUAAUUAAAUUUCCAUAUGUUCCAUUUGUGCAGAAGUGCAAGCUAUCUGUAUGUCUUGUACGCAUCCAUGUACAAGCUGAAACUGCGUGAUGGUGUCACACUUUCUCGUAGUCUUAUCACUGUCAAUGAAAACCACUGUCUUCAAGUCCACUAAAACCACAACCUAAUUUCCCAUGCUAAAAGUGCUUUUGUUUUGGUAUUAUCAGCAUGUGUGAGUCUUUGUCUUUUUACUUUACAUUAUUUUCAACCAAUUACUGCUGCUUGUUUUUUUUUUUUUCUUUUUUCCAAGUUUCUGUUUGUAAAUCUCUUCCCCAUUGCCACACACAUGGAUGAGAGAGAGAAAGAAAGCAGGAGGUUCUGAGAGUAAUACUUUGUCAAACAUGAGUAAAUGCUCUUCAAGUGAUCAUUCCCUGGGAUCCAUCACAUCCUUGUUUUCAGGGCAAAUACAAAAUAGUUGCAUAUUUUUUGUUCCUGUUUAGUGCCAGCAGCUCUGUUUUAAACACUACUUAAGAAGCACAACCUUUGAACUAUCCGUCAUAAUAAUGAUAGUUACCAAGCCUUUUAAUGUUAUUUGGUGAGCUAAAACCACUGGAUCCACACAUUUAAAACCAGCAGCUGGUCCAACAAUCACGUGAUUGACAGAUACAAAUCAGCUUAGCGUAAUUAUGCCUUUUAUUUCAACAAGCACUAAAUUUGAGCAUCUUUUGCCUUAAUAUGUUAAACUGUUCAUAUCUCUACCCUGGAAGCAGUCAGACAGAGGAGUGAGACUUGAAAUGCAUUUCAGCAUUUAUGCCAUAUACACACACACACACACACAUUUUCAGAA